UUUUGAAAAAAAAAAAAAACUUUUUUUCUUAGUUUUUGUUAUAAAAUUUUGUAAAUAAGUGAUUUUUCUCCUUCACUGAUGUGCGCUAAUGAGGCUGCAGUGAUGGGCACUGAUGAGGAGGCACUGGUAGGUGGCACUGAUGGACAUUGGCAGGCAUCACUGAUGGGAACUGAAAGGCAGCACUGAUACAUGGCACUGAUGGACUUUGACAGG